UCGUGAUGCAGUGGUCUCCCGAUCGCGGACACGGUCGAGACCCUGAAGCUCGAAAGGUUCCCCGAUAAAGCUAAAAACGCGUCGAAACGAAUUAACGGUCAGUCGAUCAGUGUCGUGACCUAGGUCGUCGAUGGGCUUUCGACCGUACGCAUCAUGGAAUUGAUUUGGGUGCUCGUCCUGCUCUUCGGGUUUGUACGCCCGUCCCGGCCGUCGCACCUCGAAGUGGCUUACCAGUGGAAAUAUCUCGAUUGGGUUUGGCCAAAUAUACCUCUGACGGGAAAAAACUAUACGCUGGGCAAUGCCUUCACGCAAGACGUGGAUAUCGACAGACAGGGCCGCAUAUUCGUCACGAGUCCGCAGUGGUUGAACGGUGUACCAAUUAGUUUGUCUUUGGUGACUAAAGCGCAUGGUCCCGGUGGUCAUUUACUCGUACCGUAUCCCAAUUGGUCCUGGCACAUAUCGUUCAGUUGCCAGAGCAUCGUAUCUGUCUACAGGAUAGCGAUCGACGAGUGCAAUCGUUUAUGGGUGGUCGAUACUGGCAGAGUAAUGAUGCGAGCGGUUUGCCCCACGAAAAUAUUGAUCUUUGAUCUCGCCACGGAUCAGCUGAUCCAUAAAUACGUGGUACCGGAUGAUCAAGUGCUGUACGGGAAGGCAGCAUUAGUUACGCCAAUCGUCGACGUCGGAAAAACGUGUCUCGAUACUUAUCUCUACGUGGCGGACGUGGAUCAAAAUGGACUGGUGAUUUAUGACUUAUAUCGCGACCAUUCCUGGCGAGUAAACAACACCCGUGGUAACGCUUUUGGCCCGGAUGAGGAUGCUAUGAAUAUUACGAUCGCCGGCGAAUCGUUUGAUCUAACUGACGGUACGCUCGGUAUGUCACUGUCGCCGUUGGGAUACUUUAAUCACAGAUAUCUGUAUUUUAACUCGCUCGCGAGCUACUAUCAGAAAUACACGGAUACAUUAUCGCUGAUGCAAAGCGAGUACGGGGAACCAGUAAUAUUUCAAUCAAAUUACAAGCGCGCGAGCCAAGCGGGCGUGCAGGCAACCUCUCGAAGAGGCGUAAUAUUUUUCCAAUUGGUCCAAUUAACUGCCAUUGCCUGUUGGGACAUCGGGAAACCAUUUACUCCGGAGAACGUCGUGAUAAUAGCACAAGACGAGGAGACUCUGCAGUACGUGAGCGGCAUUAAGGUGAUCACGAAUAAGGCCGGCGAGGAAGAAUUGUGGUUCAAUACCAACAGGCUUCAGAAGACGAUAAACAUGAGCCUCAAGCCGACGGAGACAAACUUUCGAAUAAUUAGAGGGACGGUCGACGACAUCAUCCGGGGUACAAAUUGCGAGCCGUCCGGCGUGAGAACGGAAACCCCAGACAUCGUCUUUUGGCACCAAAUAUAAUUUACCAAGACACACCUUCUGCCUUUCAUUACCUCAUUUAAAAUGUCUUUAUAGUGUUCCUGUAUAUUUUAUGUUAUACUACCAUAAAAUUGUGACGAACGAAAUAACGAGCGAAAUCGUUAAUGAUUAUUUUUCCAAAUAAAC